AUGCGUGAACGGAUUGCGAUUCGCUCGCCAGAAAUCGUGACAGGUGCUAGGGUACACCCUGGCACAUUGGGGGGGAGGAGUUCCCAGUCCCAAAAUGAAGGAUUUUUUUACGAUUUGACAGGGCGCUUGGGCCAUGUUAAGGCUGGGUUCAAGCUCCAGGGGACGAAAGAUGUGAGGGGACGAGGAAGCGGAUGGACAGUGGGCUGGGUGGAUGAAGACAAGGAGUGUUUGGUAGGGAUUGUUGAUGAGCAUCGCCAUCCGGCUCUGGCUCUGGCUCUGGCCGCCCUGCCCUGUCCUUCUCCUGUCUCCUCCUCCUCCUUCCCAUCGAGCGUUGAGUCUUCGGGGUCCCUUCCAGCCGCGCCGGGUUCCCCAGCGGCACUCGCGUACGUACACGUACACCGGAUUCGGCAGAUUGGCAGCCAAACAGUCGGCUGGCUGGCCGGGAUCAGAUCAAGGCAAACGAGCGGAGAACAGGCAUCGAUUUCUGGCACCGGUCGGACCUGCCUGUUCAGUUUCAGAUGUCCGGAAGCAACGCCAGAACAUUGCCAAUUGUGCACGGCUUCCGGGCCAAGGUCUGCCGCGAAUAGCCCAGAUUUCACCUGCGGUCAUUGCCCGCGGGGCGAGUUGACAAGUUGCGAGUGGAUGAGAUGCCAGACAGCCCCAUGCUUCGGCCUCAGGGGCCAGGAAAGCCAAUGUGUGAGCCUUCUGCCUUUUCGUAUCCCUGCUGGUCACGCCAGUCUUGCGUCCAGCGUUAUGAAGGUUGCUCCCCCAAGCCUGGCUGAUCCUUGGAGAUGA